AUGGGGAAAAAGAAGGGAGGCAAAGGAGCAGACGGAACCAAAGGCGAGGACAAUGGCGUGUGGCAAACGUCCCCAGACGUGAGAGAAAAUGCGGAGUGGGAGGCUUACUACCUUCAACAGAACAUCGUGCCCGACGAGGAGUGGCCGCGGUUCCUGGAGUGCCUGAGGACCGACCUGCCGACUGCCUUCCGCGUUGUGACGUGCACGCCUCACCAGCACUACAUUCGGCAGUACAUACACCGCACCAUGGAGCACGCUUUCCACCGCUUUCUCGUCGCCCAGUCGGAGGCCGCCACGAUCAUGAGGCAGGAAGUGGUCAGCAUGAUUCCCGCUCUGUUCUUCGACAUCAAAGCGGACUCUUGCGUCCUCGACCUCUGUGCGGCUCCCGGGUCCAAAACGUCGCAGCUCCUCGAGCGCAUGCACGUCGUCCACGAAAAGGAGCGCGCGCACGCGAGACGGAAACGCCUGGAUCAAGAGACUGGGCCCUCGGCGCCUCCCCACGAAGCGUCUCUCCACGCAGAAAUCACAGCCCUCGUGCCACCGGGUCUCGUGGUCGCCAACGAUGCAGAUUCUGGCAGGGCGCACAUGCUCAUCCAUCACCUCCGGCACAUUCACUCGCCGUGUCUCCUCGUCACCUCGCACUCUGCGCAGUUCUUCCCGGCCAUCCUGGUGCCGUCUGCUCCCUCUGAGGCGGCCGCGACGCCCGGGGCAUCGACUCCGACGGACCGAGCCGCUGCUCCCUCGCCGCCGUGCCUCGAGGACCGUCAAGGGACAGUCUGUCCCUCUGCCUUUCCGAGCUCGCACCUACGGCCUCUGCUCUUUGACUGCGUCCUCUGCGACGUGCCGUGCAGCGCAGACGGGACGCUGCGGAAGGCGCGGAGCCUCUGGACACGCUGGCACAGCAACCAAGGCCUCGGCUGCCAUCGCCUGCAGCUGCAGAUUCUCCUGAGAGGCAUCAAGCUCUGCAAAGUGAACGGGCGAAUCGUGUACAGCACUUGCUCCUUCAACCCCGUCGAGAACGAAGCGGUCGUCGCAGCUGCCUUGGAAAAAACGAAAGGUGCUGUCGAACUCGUCGACUGCUCCGGCGUCUUCCCUGCUCUCGAACGACGCCCAGGACUGCAUACAUGGCGCGUGUAUUGGCAGAAGGAAUUCUACGAUCGAUACGAGGACGUUCCCGACACCAGCGCAUCUCGUCAAAAAAUCCGACCAACCAUGUUUCCGCAGUACGCCGCCUCGAAGGCGGCGGGCGACGGGGACGGAAAGCGACAGGAAGGACCGCCUCUCCAUCGGUGCAUGCGGUUCCUUCCUCAUCUCAACAAUACAGGAGGCUUCUUUGUAGCCGUCCUCGAGAAGAAGAAGCACGUCCCUUUCCACGUACAGUCGGCCUCCGAGAACGCCCAGACACGGCCACCUCAGGGGACACACGGGGACGGCAACAUGCAUGACGACGAUGAAGAGGAAGAAGAAGAGCGAGAGAAUGAGGAUCAGGAGACAGAAGUGAAACCUGCGCCGAGUUGUGCAGACCCACAGGAGGAGUCGCUUGGUGUGUGCAUAGAAAGCUCAAGAAAGGCAGUAGGAAAUGUGGCAUCAGAGGGUGGACAGGGUCUUCGAACUCUUGAUCAGCUUCAGUUGGAUUUCGUGUCUCUAGGCUGGCCACAAAGCUUCGUUGAGAAGCAACAGAAGCAGUACAUCCGGAAAGUGCAACAGACGCUGGCCGCAGAAGCUGCACGUGAAGAGUCUGCCCAGUCCGAGCUCUCGGAGGAAAAGGAGAAGCGAGCAGUUCCGGUCUCGGAGUUUGUUGGCCAAGACGGAGAGAACGAAGGCGCAUGCAUUCACGAAGAAAAGCUCAGGGCGGCCUGGCGCGCCGCAUGUGCGUCGUUGGGGGUGACAAAGGAUUUCGCUGUUGGCGCGGAGGAGCGCAUGCCCGCAGCGGAAGUUUCUGAAGACGAGGAAGGAGUGGGAGGUGAACGGCGGCGUUUACGCCUGCUUCAGGAACUCCGGGCGUGUCUCUUUGUCAGACGCCGAGGCGAGGGUGAAAAUAUUAGUAUGGCAAGAAAGAAGCCUAAGCGCGAGAACGCAGAAUCGUCGAGGGAAAACCCGACAGCGGCCGAAACCGUGUUAGAAAGCAGUGGCGAGGAGAAAGCAAAGAGCCGCGGGUCUGUCUCGCCUAACGCCGCCUCCUCCACUGCCCAGCAAGCAGCCGUGACGGGAAUAUCGGCGGAGCAGUCUGCGGAUGUUGGAUCCUCUGGGAAAGACGAAAAGCUUCUGCGAACUGUGUGGCUUACCUCUCACGGCGUCGAGCGAGCCUUGAGUGGAGUAGGCAGGUCACGGUACAAAGUUGUGAGCGCAGGCUGUGUAGCUUUCCAGUGUCGAAAUUCCAGCAAGUAUCGCCUCUCUUAUGGUGGCGCUCAGUGGCUUGUCCCGCUCGUUGAUGCUGUCGAUUGUCGAGAGGCGGCAACCGAGCCAAGCUGCGGAACCACAGGCCCGGACGACAGCAGAGGGGCUGUUCUUCUGCCAGGGGGAGACAGCGAAAAUGUCAAACCGGAUCGGCGAGGGAACGGCGAACAACCACCGGGUACGCAGUGCCAGGAAAAAGCCAAGGAGGCGCGUGUUAUCUUGCGGAUCAGCAAUGAAUUAAUGAUGGCGUUGCUGGGUGAUGAAGGCGCGCCUCCUCGGGUUGACAUGAGCACUUUGAAACAUGUUGAAGGGGGGGCAGAGCUCCGGCAGAUGACCGAAGAAGGACCUCUCGUGCUCGUCACAACUGUUCUGCCGGAAAGGGAAACGGAAGCAGGCAUGACUCCAUGUGCUCAGCAGACAGGCGAUGCUUCUGAGAAGGCCGGUGAUACGGAUAUGAGUGGUGGUGGCAAGCAAGCAGGAGAGCGGAUGACACCGACAACGUUAAUAUUGGAUGUUGUGUCUGAACAGGCUCCAGCAUGGCGAGGACGCUCGAACAUUGAGCUCAUGGUGGACGCAUACACUUGCCACGCUCUGCGGUGCCUUUUGAUCCAUCGACGCUCUCCGGUCAGCUCUUCGGCGCCACCAGGAGGCAGCGCGCAAGAAAAUGAAAUCAGCGGGAUUUGCAAAUGA